AUGCCUCGCCCGCAUCAUCGCAGCACACUCGCCGUCGCACGCCGAUUCGUCGCAGCAGUCGCAAAUGCGCGCAGCGACAUCGCCCCGGGCACAGCGCGCACACCCGCGCUGCUUGAGCUCUCCGCGCCCCCACCUCCCGCCCCCCUGGCUGCUACCCCCGCGCAUUCCUUCCGCAUCAGCGCGUUACCCGCGCUCAGGGGCGCAGCAGGGGGGAAUUCCCCCCUGACACAUGCUGGCGCAGUGCUGUCCGCCGCUGCGGCGGCUAUAGCCGCCGCGGUAGUGGCGGAGGAAGGAUCAGCGGCGCUCACGGAGUGCGAGGGCGCAGAGAGGGGUAAGGGCGGAAGCGAGGAGAGAGAAGAGCAGGAGGCGGUGCGCGCGGAGAAGGGGGAAGAAGCGGCGAAAGGAGCGUUUAAAGGGGAGGGGGUGGCAGAGCGCGGGGCGGUGAUGAGAGCCCUGAGCGCGGAGGUGCGCGCGGGGCUGGUGGCGGCGGUGGGCGAGGAGGGCGUGGAGGAGGGCAAGGAGGAGAGGCAGAGCCACGCCAAGCCGUGGAACAGCUACCACCCCAUCUCCGCCCUGCCCGCCGCUGUUGUCUUCCCCAGGAGCACGGAGCAGGUGGCAGCAGUGGUGAGGGUGUGUGCGGAGCAUGGGGUGCCGGUGGUGGCGUAUGGGGGAGGCACGUCCCUGGAGGGCCACACCACCACGCCCAUGGGGGGAGUCAGCAUCAACAUGACUCGCAUGAACCAAGUGCUAGCAGUGCACGAGGGGGACAUGGACGCGGUGGUGCAGCCGGGCAUCACGUGGGGCGACCUCAACGCACGCCUGGCCCCGCUGGGCCUCUUCUUCCCGCUCGACCCCGGCCCCGGCGCCACCUUAGGCGGCAUGGCUGCCACGCGCUGCAGCGGGUCGCUGGCCGUGCGGUACGGCACGAUGCGGGACAACGUCAUCUCGCUGCAGGCAGUGCUGGCAAACGGCGAGGUGGUGCGCACGGCAGCGCGCGCUCGCAAGAGUGCAGCGGGGUACGACCUGACGCGGCUGCUGGUGGGGUCCGAGGGCACGCUGGCUGUCAUCACCGAGCUCACCGUGCGCCUGCACCGCAUCCCACCGCUCUCCGCCGUGGCCAUGUGCCCCUUCCCCUCCAUCCGCGCCGCUGCUGACGCUGCCAUCGCCACUGUUCACAGCGGCGUGCAGGCAUCGCGAGUGGAGCUACUAGACGAGGUGAUGGUGGGCGCGUUCAACUCUGCCAAUGGGUACUGCUACCCGCACUGCCCCACGCUCAUGCUCGAGGUCACAGCGGAGACCCCGCAGCACCUGGAGCAGCAGCUCGCGGCUGUGAAGGCGGUGGCAGAGCGGCACGGUGCGGAGGAGAUGCGGUUCGCAGAGGGCGAGGAGGAGAAGCGCGAGCUGUGGCGCGCCCGCAAGGAGGCACUGUGGGCCGCUUACUCGCUGCGCCCAGGGACAGAACCUCUUAUCACCGACGUGUGUGUGCCCUUGUCACGCCUGGCAGAGUGCAUGGACGCCACAAAGAGCGACGUGCAGCGCUCCGCCCUGCCGUGCCCCAUGCUGGCGCACGCGGGCGACGGCAACUUCCACGUGUGCAUCUUCUUUGACCCCUCCAGCGCCGAGGAGACCGCUGAAGCCAAGGCGCUCUCUGCUGCCAUCACUCUCCGCGCGCUCGCCAUGGAUGGCACGUGCACGGGGGAGCACGGGGUGGGCGUGGGCAAGACACAGUACCUGGAGAGAGAAGUGGGCGCGGGGGCAGUGGCGGCCAUGCAGGCAGUGAAGGACGCUCUCGACCCCCACGGCAUCCUCAACCCCGGCAAGGUGCUGCCUCCCCGCCCCCCCUGCCUCUCCUGA